AUAAGAAUACAAAACUUCUACAAUGAUUUUAAAACUUUUCUCCAUGCACAACAAUGAUGGAAUGUCCAUCCCCGUGUUAUGGUGGCAUCCGAGCAAAGAAGCGAAGGAACGCAAGCAUCACACAGUGAAGAAAGAAUCCGUACUCGCGACCGAAAAGCUGGUCAAUCCCAAAUUGGCCGCCGUCGGGCGGAAUUAGAAGUGCCAAUCGUGACCGAAAAGUGUCGUGCGUGUUGUGUUCUUGCUACAGUGUUGCUAAAAGCAAGUGAAUUGUUUUGUUCUUUCUUCUGUUGCGUCAAUAAUCUAUACGGCCAUCAUUCUACAGGAGCAUAGAAGCGAUUCCAACAUUUUCCCUUAACCAAAGCAAGCACAGGCAGAAUGUAGGAAUAGCAGUAAAAGCAGCCAAUGGUUCAAUUCGUUACACUUGUCCCGGAAAAGCUUCUUAUUUACCACGAUUUCUGUGAACAGUGCGUUGCAACGAAUGAUUUAGGGGAAGCAAAAAAAAAGAAGUUAAAAAGCAGUGCUGGUAUCAGGGGUGGGAUUCAUUAGCAUCAUCAUCGUUUCGAUUGGAGAAUUUAAUGCUGAAUGGGGUGGUGAAUGUUGUUUGAUGGAAGCUGUAGAAGCUUUGGUGACUAAUAGAAUGAUCGAAUAGGAGGAAACAGGCAGAGUGAGAGAGAGAGAAAAAUAAAAACGACCCGCUCGAAGCAUACUUUGACCGCGUCGCAAUAUCGCGUAUGUGUGGUUCGAGAUCCCAACCGGGAGAAACAAAUUGUCUACUCGCGGAUUAGAUUUCAUACCAAUACCGGGAUUAGAUUUCCGAUUCUUCAAUCAUCCACCGAAGUAGUCACCCUACAUUCCCGCGAUGGCUUACAUAAACGUUGCCGAAUGGAGCCCGGACAUGGUUACGGAUUGGUUAAAAGGUCUGGACAACUCCAUGUACCAUUAUGUACAAUCGUUCACCAACAAUGGGGUCGGCGGAAAGCAGCUGCUCAAUAUACGGCCGUACGAGCUCGAACAGCUCGGUAUGCACGUGAUCGGCCAUCAAGAAAUUGUGCUGGAAGCGGUGGAAAAUUUAAAAAACUUUAACUACAACUUGGAUAAGGAGAAUCUACAGUUCCUGGCGCUACAUGUAGCGACCGCGGCCCAUUCGCUAUCGAAGCAGCUAGAAUUUUCCGACCAGGAAAAGCUCGAAACCACGGUACUGAAGGAUAUAACGCGUACGAUCACGCACCUGAAAGCGUUAAUCGAAUGGCUCGAUCGGGCACCGUUUAGAGGUCAAAAGAAAUUCGACGAGUUGCGUAAACAGUGUAUGCGGUUCGGAUUGGAAGUGGCUACCGUUGCGAUGCGUGAUCGAUUUUCCCUCAUGCCCGUACAGGCGAUUCGUCAAAAUGCCAAAAAGCUAGAAAAUAUCGGAGAGUACAUCAUAAAAGAUAUUAUGGAUCCGAUCAUACUGCAGCCAGCCUCGCUGGAUCUUGUGACGCUUAAAAAGCGUGAAUCAGAUCUCGGCUUUCUGAUAAUGCAAAGCUUCCAUGGUGUACACCGCAUUACCGAGAUAAAGUUCAACUCACCCGCCCACAACUCCGGCAAGGUCGAGGACGGUGAUGAAAUAGUGCAAAUCAACUACCAGACGGUGGUCGGCUGGGAGUAUAAGAAGGUUCUGCAGCAGCUACAGGAAUCACCGCCAGACGUCCUGUUGACGCUCAAAAAGCGCCCGAAACAUAUGAAAAUCUACGGUCAAAUCUACAUCAAACCGUACCGGCUGCCGAGCAAGAAACGGUCCCUUCCAUACCGCUGGGGUGAAAGUUUGCCCAGUCCUCGCGCUACAGACACUUUCGCACUGCAGGACUUUUCGCUACCGCUCGAUCGUGUCCCGGAAAAACACGUCCCAUCCGACUCCGAAUCGGACGGUAGCGACAUCCUAACGCCAACGGAUGUGAAGGAAACGGAAAAGGAGAUCCGACUCUAUCUACCGAAACCGAGGGCCGUACUGCAGCGACGGCAUACUCUGUCCAGCUUUAAAGAUUUGGUCGGCGUUUCUUCGUGGCACGAGCGCAAAGGGAAACCGUUACUGUCGAGCGAUCUGCAAAGCUUGCGCGAUAAGUCGGUUUCUUUUGGGUUUGGGCUUGAAAUGUCACCCAGACCAACGACCACCUGUCUCGGGUUGGUUGCGGGCAGUGCUACCGACGGUGCUGGUGUACCGGCUAAGUGUAGCAGCUUCGGUGGGCUGAAAAGCUCCCUACCGGACAUUGUGCCGCAGGAGAUUGCCGUCGCGCCACCGAACGAUCGUUCGAUCGUGGGAGCUAAACCGGGCGGUAGCAAGGAACAGCAGGGAGACAGUGAGGCGUACAAGGCGGGCGUAUCGAAAGUGGUACGAUUUGAGUCGAGCUCCAAAGCGGAUCAGUGCCAUGUAGAUACGAAGUACACCUGCAAGGUGGAAAGCACGGUGCUGGAAACGUUCGAACCGAUACCGUACGUCGAUGAAGAUCCACCGGCAGUCGUUAGUCCACCGACCGUUACCGAGCGCGUCAAACGGUUUGAAUCGUUUGCGAAUCGAACGAUAAUGCCAUCGUCUACCGUUACGAAUGGUCAACACACAGGAAGCAGCACGCCGGGUGUUGGAGGACUAGUAGGAACAGUAACAUCAUCCACUGUAAUCACAUCAAAACCAAUUCCAAUGCAACGACAACUGGCGAAAGAUCCUGAAGUAGCAGAAGCAAUCAAUACGGUUGUAGUUAAUAGGGAAAUGGUGAAACGUGGUCGAUUGGAUAAAAGCUAUAGUACUCCGGCGUACGACGACGAGCUGUCCGAUAUUCCACCGGCCAUUGAACCACGCAAGGAGCAUCUGCUUAAAGCGCCACCGGUACCACCGCCACGGCCCAAGCGUACACUCGAAACGAAUGCUGCGUCCGCGGCAGAAAAGCCUCCCUUAACCCCCGGCCCCUUACCUUCAAUGCCAAAGGUAGUGACAAUUUUACAUUUUCCCGAAACGGCACCCGGAUUCGUUUCCUCACUCAGCAACACCCUUGAUAGCCGUGAGGAUAAUCCGAACAAAUCGAAGCUAGCAAAUGUGAUCGAUCUGAAACAAAAUCGCACACAACCACUCGCACCGAUUGCGCCGGGGACAAUCACACCACCGAAACCGGCCGAACGGACAGCGGUUCCACCUAUUCCGGCUUCAAGGCCCGCCGCAGUAGUACCGCCAGCGAAACCCACCCCACCCCCAGAGGUUGCAUCUUCUUCCCCGACUGCACCGACGACAGCAGCCACCGUUCCAAGCUUCCCCACGGAUACCAGUUCGGAGCUGUUGACACCGAACAAAACGAAAAGUCUCACGCUGAAGAAAAAGAACUCACUACUGUCGAAGCGCCGCAAUGUGUCGCUGAAAACGCUUUGCGUGAGUGACAUACAGGGCCAUUUGUAUCGGCGCACAAAGGAUCGCAGCGGCAUGUCGUACUGGGCAAAGUAUUACUUCGUGCUGAUCGAAACAACGCUGUACGGGUUCAAUCGUAAAGAAUCGAUCAAAGCGAACUGUAUGAUAUUCCUGUCCGGUUUUACGAUCUCGCUCGCCAAGGAGGUACACUCGCGUCCGCACGCCUUCAAAGUGUACCAUCCGAACAAAACGUUCUAUUUUGCGGCCGAAACGCAGGAAGCGCUCGUGCAGUGGAUGGAGUACAUUAAGCAGGCGACCCUGAAGGGUGCCAGUUUGAUAUCCGCCGAGACGGCGGAUCAUAACAGCUCGCGGGAACUAUUUACCGAAACGGACAGUUCGGACGAUGAGCUCGGUUUGAUGGACAGUACACUGAAGCUAAAUCUACUUUGCACACCUUCGCCCCAGAUGCAACCGGGUGGUGCUGCGGGACCAUCCUCCGGUGCAGAUGGAACACCGACCUCAUCCAAACAGGACCGGUACCAUUUGAACUUUGGAUCGUUAAAAAAGUUCACAAAAAUCGGUUCAGAUGGAAACCAUGGUGCGGGCAGUGGUAAAAACAGUAAUGGAACGGGAAGCGCCAAUACGUCCCAGACGGCUAAUACUAGCACCAGUUCCACCGGGGAAGGAAGCAAAUUUUUUGGCUUCUUUUCUUCGCACCGUAACGUGGAGAAAAGCAAUUCGAGUGAAAUGCCAGUACCGACGUCACAGUUUAAGAGCUAUCGAAAGGUGCCGGGUGCUGGUGGAUUGCAGAUAGGAACGGCAUCGGUGUCUACGGAAGUUUUCCCGCUGCCCACUUCGGUUCCGAUGGGUGUUGCCGGAUCUUCGAUGGCUAACGCUGCCGAUGGAGGCAACUUUAGUGCCAGUAAUCUUUCGUUAGCUUCUGGGGCGGGUGAAAAAACAAUCCCCGCGCCACAACCACCGCCAAGAACGGCAACACCGACACCACCACCGGUAAUCAUCCGUGAACCGGUAACGCCAACACUAUCCGAUGCCGAGGAACUGUUAAAUCAGGCAAGGAAAAGCAAACGUAUCUCGCCACACAACUACAUCCAUGCGUCGAAUCCGAAUCUAGUCGAGUUCGAUUUUCAAACAUCGAAAGCGAUGGAUUUUUCGGUGCCAAAGAUACAUUCGGCAAACACGUGGGACACGAGCACACACUCGCACAGCAAUCUUCAGUCGAUGAUCACGCUAAAAGAUCUGAUGCUGCAGAAACAGGCAGAAGAAGCACAGGAUAUGUACAAUAAGCGUGUUUGUCUUGGUGUGGAGAAGCUGGACGAUCGUAAAGCACGGCUGAUAAGCACCGGUGGAACGGAACAGAUUGUUCCGCUAAGUGCAGCACCCGCCAUACCGGAAUCGGUUAACAAAAUUCAACGCCGGCAGCUACCGAUAACGCCAGAUUACGCGCAAAGUUUCAAGCUGGACGAUGAGGACAUUCUAUACACGCGUAGCAAGGAAGGCCAGAAGCUGCGCGACUUUGGCUACGAAAUGAUCUCCGGUGAUGAUGCGUUCGAUCAGCGUAACAAACCAACCCGUUCGACCGUGGGUGCGACGGGUGGUGGCUUGAACGGUGCCGGAGGAAGCGUGAGUAAUGGAACUAAUGGGACCGGUGGAACCACUGCUGGAACAAGUGGUAGUAGCGGCGGUUCGAUAAAGAAAAAGACAUUCAACUGGAUUAAUUCCGAUCGUAAGGCAUCGGGCGGCGAUAGCGCACACUCGGACGGAUCGGUUGCGAUCGGUGCGGCAACGAGUUCCUCAUCGCUGUUCGCUGGUUCGGGUGCCGUACCGGAACAGCACCGAACCGGUGGUUUGUCGACGUCACUAUCGCUGCGGGACAGCUUCAAACGUAGCAAGAACAAAGCGGUCAUUGCGCGGCUCGAUAACAUUAAGGCCAGCAGUGAAAAGCUCUUCCAAUUCAAGCAAUCGAGCACCUCCGGUACGGGAGGCAGCAGCAAUAAUAACGAUAAGGAAUCGCUCAAAACGAAACAACUGGACAAACCCGCGGCGCCGGGCACGAUGGUGAACGUCAACCUGAAACACCAACCGCAGUCGCAUCCUUUGACACCGUUUGCGAACAUCGUCGGUGGACUUGGCGGGAAGAAGAACAGUAACGAACUGAAUGCGGAACUCGAACAACAUUCCGCGAUGCUAUUCCCACAAACUGUGGCUGUGUCAGCGAGCAAUAACGGUGGUACGACUGCGGGAUCGACGACCGGUGGCAACUUUAUGGGUGGCAUCAAAAAAUCCAACACCUGCAAUAGUUCGUCGGAUUUUAAGGAAAACUCUAGCAAGCUGCAAAAUAUGCGCAAAAAUUCAGCCCCCGAAAGAGGUGCUAGCGGUGGUGGUGGAACGGGGGGAGGAGCAGGAAGUGCUGGAAAUGGUGCUAAUGGGGGUGGAGGCACGGGGGGUGGUAGUAAUGGGGCCACUUCGUAUUUUACGAAACUUAGCUUCGGUUCGACGAAAACUGCGAAGGAGAAGAAAUUGCUCGGUUCGCCUGGAUUGCAUCGUGCGAUUUUUGGCAAGAAUCACCAUAACCAUGGCAACGAUAAUAGUCAGCCGACUGUGAUCGAUCAUGAGGUGUUUUCUCCUAUUACCUUUCCAAAGGUAUCAGCGCCAUUACCAAUAGAAAGUGCAUCUGCAAAUAACACGACGAUACCGAUCGGAACGGCGACUGGACAAGCAAUCCCAGUUACCAGCGCUUCCCCUACCGCCGUGUUGAUGCCAAACUUUGGUCCUAAUCUUGUAGCCGUUGCACGAAAUUCUCCCGACUACCCAAACAUGGAAUAUCCGCCAGUGUUUGAACCGGAAACGUACUCCCUGAGCGAUCCGAACGCGAGCCUAACACUACUAAAACGGCGCCAAAAUCAGCACCAUCACCACCAUCAUCAUCAUCAUCACCAUCAUCAGAAAUGACGACGUGAAAAACGGCUCGCAACGGUACGAGAACAUGAAACGGGAUGAAGUUGCCGGACGCAGUUCGUCUGUAGCCCUUAUUCUGGAAAGGAAAGAUAUAUGUAUUUGUAUUAUUUUAGUUGCCUAGUUGCGUAGAAUAGUGUAUACCAUUCUGCCAUUUUUUGUUGGUUCGAAACCAAACCACAAACGGUGCGUAUUGUAGUCGGAAUGAAGUGGUGAUGCGGAGUGCUAAUGCUUUGUCCGCUUUUAUUUAGGAUUUCUUGUAGCCCACACAACAAGGCAAGGCCAUCACUAUGAACAAAACAAAUAUUUAAACAAUUGAUUGAUAUUGUACGAUAUAUGAUAGAACUGAAUAAUGGGACAGGAAGGAUAGCUUUUUUGUGUGUAAAUUUCGAUAGAAAUUUCCUUCAACGGGAAAAGAAAGAUGAUAGAAGAAACAAGAACAACAAAACAGCAACAAUAUUGUUCAAAUGUGAUUUUAGAACCUAUCUAGGUAUAUUUUCGAUGUUGAUACAUAGCUUUUUAGGGUGUCUAGAAGCACACGUUUGUCCUAUUGCUCCUAAUAGGUGCCGUACGCUUGUGCAGCAGUAGUCGAAAUGAAACGGAACGAUGUCUCUAUUUAAACAAUUGCCACUAUUUACUGCACUUGUGCAUCUGCACAGAGCGUAACUAUUUAACUUAUGAAGCAUUGAUCGUUCAUGUGGUUGCAUUAGAUUGAACGUGUUACAACAAACUAUAAAUUUAACCAACGUGUGAGAAACUUGCUCGUGAUGAAGAGUAUAGUAGCAAGUAAUAGUAGUAGUUGUUGUUGCAGUAGCAAUAUAACAAAAGCUGUUUCUUGCAUCGUGUUAGAGGUUGUUAAAUGAACAGAAGACACCAAAAUUAAAGCUGUUUGCAAAUGCCAGAUUGUCCAGAUAUUAUUGUUAGUUACAUAGUCGUUUAAUGUAACAAUGCAAACGGCUGAACUUAUGGACACUCCCCAUACAACACUGAUGAAUUAUCCACAAUUGCAAUGUAUGUAGCCGUACACAUUCCUAUGCUGUGUUGUGCAAAAUGAUGAGAGUACAGGAAGUAGAAAACUUGUUGCAGUACCAAUACCACUAGUUCCUCCCUAACAGGCCAAUAUAGACCGCUAGAGUAUUGAUUAGAUAUGAAAAUAGUAGCAAAAAACACGCUAGCCAUGCGUUUGUGGUGUAAUUUGCAAUGCAUUGUUGAGCUCUGUUUUCUGCACAAAACUGAUACACAUAAAUAAAUAGUGCCUUACGUUUAAAA